GUCCAGUCAGAGGAACCUGAAGGGAAACGGCCUGAAUCCUUUGCUUCUCCGAGUUUGAAGGGAGUGUACAAGCCUAGGUUGUCCUUCGGGUUCGUUUCUAGGGCUUUACUGGAUCUCCGCCUCGCCAAAUGGCAGCCCAGCCGUCCGGUGUUGAAAGAUCUCCGCUUUCCGCUAAAGUGGUGGGUAGCACUUUCGUUGAUCAGUACUAUCAUAUCCUCCAGCACUCGCCUGAUUUGUUGCAUCGAUUCUACCAAGAAAGCAGCAAGCUUGCCCAGCCAGAUGACCACGACGCCAUGAUUUUGGUCACCCCCAAUGAGGUGAGCAACCCGCUCCCCCCUGUUAUAUCGAUUUCAGCUGAAGUUGUAUUUUUUCCCCACUUUGUGGCAAAAGGCGAAACGCUCGCCCCCAGCGCCUCCGUCGUACCCGACCCAAAGCCAUCACAAGAGAAAUACGGGGAUAGGGAAUUUAUUCUCCAGCUGUCCCGAGGAUCGACCCUGCGAUCUCAUUAUGACAACACCCGUCACAUACCAACUCGGAUGACCCGCGAGAUCGUAUUUUUUCCCCUCUUGAAUUUAUUGUGGAACGGGAUGCAGUCGAUCAACCAGAAGGUACUGUUAUCGAUUGGUCAUGUUAGAGCUGAGAUGAACACCGUGGACUCACAAGAAUCUCUUAGCGGCGGGGUGACUGUGUUUGUGGCUGGGUAUCUGAUAGGGGAGGACAAUGUCAAGAGAACCUUCAUCCAGUCUUUCUUCCUUGCUCCACAGGAUAUUGGUUUCUUUGUGUUGAAUGACAUAUUCAGAUUCGUGGAAGAGGUUGAACACCAGCAACUAAGCCAGGACCUGGCGAAUGGUAAUGCCGAACUGCAUCCUGCAGAGGAAGCUUUUUCCCUGAAACAAGAGGAGCAUGCUCUAGAUCAAACCAAAGUUCCAACUAUUACUCCAGUGAUGGUUGCUGAACCGAGUCCUGUCGCUGCCCAAGGAAACAUGACAAAGAAAUCAUAUGCUUCCAUUUCUCUCUACAAUCAUUCAUUGAUUCUUUUUGUUACAUCGACGAUGUUUGCUAUUUCAUCUUAUUCGAAAAUGGAAAAGUGGAAAGCUGAUGCAGACCGUGUCUUGCUUUGCAAAAUUAAUGCUGAGUCAGAAAAGGAGUUUUCGACUUUCAACCAAAGAAUCGAUCUAAAUUCCUGUUUGCUCACCUGCAUUUUGCCAUCAGAUGCAACACCUGAGCAACUCGAACAGGAGUUCAAGAAAAUUGGUCCAAUUAAGCCUGACGGCGUACAAGUUAGAAGUCACAAGAAAAGCGCUAGAGCUGUAGUGGAAUUAGAUUGA